ACCGGAUAUCAGCGUUUUAAGCGACCGAGCGCUUCCUUUCAGAAGAUGGCGGCGGGGAGUAGCGGCGGCGGGGAGAAGCGCGGCUCGAGAAGCCAUGCGGGCUCCGGCUUCCUGGGGCUGCGGCCCACCUCGGUGGACCCGGCCCUGAGGCGGCGGCGGCGGGGCCCCAGGAACAAGAAGCGCGGCUGGAGGAGGCUCGCUGAGGAGCCGCUGGGGAUAGAGGUGGACCAAUUCCUAGAAGACGUACGGCUGCAGGAGCGCACGACCGGUGGCCUGUUGGCCGAGGCCCCAAAUGAAAAGCUCUUCUUCGUGGACACUGGAUCCAAGAAAAAAGAACGGAGCAAGAAGAGGACCUGGGUCCAUAAGAAGUCACAGCGUCUCCAGAAACCCCUACGGGUUGACCUUGCCCUUGAGAAUCAUUCUAAGAUCCCUGCUCCCAAAGACAUCCUCGCACACCAGGUCCCCAAUGCCAAGAAGCUCAGACGAAAGGAGGAGCUAUGGGAGAAGCUGGCGAAGCAGGGUGAGGUGCCCAGGGAGGUGCGCAAGGCACAGGCCCGGCUCCUCAGCCCUCCUGCACCAAAGGCCAAACCUGCCCUACAGGACAUCAUUGAGCGGCCCUUCUAUGACCUCUGGAACCCAAACAACCCCCUGGACAAGCCGUUGGUUGGUCAGGACACGUUUUUUCUGGAGCAGACCAAGAAGAAAGGCGUGAGGCGGCCACCACGCCUCCACAUCAAGCCCUCCCAGGUGCCUGCAGUAGAGGUGAUUCCUGCAGGAGCCUCCUACAACCCAACCUUUGAAGAUCACCAGGCCCUGCUUCGAGAGGCCCACGAGGUGGAGCUGCAGCGUGAGAAAGAGGCAGAAAAGCUGGAGCGGCAGCUGGCCCUGCCCACCACAGAGCAAGCUGCCACCCAGGAGUCUGUGUUUCGGGAGAUGUGCGAGGGCCUGCUGGAGGAGUCUGAUGGCGAGGAUGAGCCAGGCAGCGUUGAGCGGCCGGAGGCUGACCAUGGGGCCGAGACCUCACCCGCUGGCCCUGCCGGUGCUGAGAAGAGGAUGGAGAAGAAGACAGAGCAGCAGCGGCGACGGGAGAAGGCUGCCCGAAAGCUGCGGGUGCAGCAGGCCGCACUGCGCGCAGCCCGGCUUCAGCAUCAGGAGCUCUUCAGGCUGCGUGGGAUCAAGGCCCAGGUGGCGCGCAGGCUGGCAGAGCUGGCACGCCGGAGGGAGCAGCGGCGCCUGCGGCGACUGGCAGAGGCUGACAAGCCCCGCAGGCUGGGGCGGCUCAAGUACCAGGACCCUGACAUUGAUGUGCAGCUCAGCUCCGAGCUGUCGGGCUCACUCAGGACAUUGAAGCCAGAAGGUAACAUACUCCGAGACAGGUUCAAGAGCUUCCAGAAGAGGAAUAUGAUCGAGCCCCGGGAACGCGCCAAGUUCAAGCGCAAAUACAAAGUGAAGCUGGUGGAGAAGCGGGCCUUCCGGGAGAUACAGUUGUAGCUGUGCAGAUGUUGGAGCCCCGCCCCUCAAUAAAGUGCUGUGACCGCCCCGGGGUCCUGUUACUUUCUUCUUGCAA